GUGAAGAAUUGGCUCACCUGGCUACCCGUCCUGCUUUACCCAUCCUUCCCGUAUAAAAACUCUGAUGUGUUGUCUGUCAGACACAGAGGAGUAGGUACAGCUUGAUCAGCUGUGUUAUUUUCCACUGAACACUGUUCCUCGCUUACCUGAACGACUGAUCACCCAAAGACAACAUGAAGCUGGAGCUGCUGGUGGUGUUGGCUGUAGCAGCCCUGGUUCCCAGCCUGUCUGAGGGACUGCUUCUCUCCAAAUGUGAGCUGAAGCCCAAACUGACUGAGGCUGCUGACCAAUUCAAUCUGACUGAGAUAAUUGCAGCAAAGGGAGUCGAACUGGACAACGCCUUGGCCAAAAUUAUCUGCAGUUUGGACCUAAAGUCUGGUUUAAACACCAGCCUUGUGACCAACCUUGUCCUGCGCAAACCUUUCCUGCAUAAAUCAAAAAGGCGCCCCAUCAGCAGGAGACCUGUGAGACUGUUUGGGCACAAACGUCCAGGUAGAGAUGUUGAGUCAAAGGAAGAUCGAGUCAGUUCUGAGGGAGAAGAGGACAAGCCUAGACCUACAGGAAAGCCUGGGGGAAUGAAACCCAAACCUAGCGGGAAAACAGAGGGAGUGAGCCCAAGAUCAGAGAGGCAUGAAGGGAAGAGGACGAGACCAGGGAGUCCCGCAAUAGGAAGGGACAAACGUGAGGCUGAGGAGUCCGCUGGUGAAAAGGAAGAACAUGACAAAGUUGAGGCGCAAGAAAGCAAAGCGGCUGAGGUGGAAGAGUUUUGCGGCUAUGAGGAUGAGGGUGAUGAAGACGAGGAUGAGCUAGACGAGGAGAACCUGGAAGAGUUAGAGGUGGAGCUGGACGAGCAAGUAGUAGAGGAACCGAAAGAGAGAGAGGGGAACAGGAAGAAGAGAUACAUCCCAAAGCAGUUCAGAGGUCCCGGACAGAACCGCAAGCCACCGCCACAUAAGCCGAAGCGCAAGCCAUUCAAGCCGAUCAAGACCCUGUCCUUGAGCUUUUUCGGUCUCUUCCAGCUGAGCAAUCGCCUCGCCUGCGUCUCCUCCAACACCACUCGCUCUCUCAAUCUCUGUAAGACAGAGUGCAGCUCCUUCGUUGAUGAUGACAUCCGUGAUGACAUUGCCUGCUUUAUGAAGUCUGGUGCCUGGAUGAAGGCUCUGAAGUUCCCAUGGAAAUGUGCCAAGCUGCAAGCCUCUGAGUACUUUGAGUGUGACCAACCACUUAACAGUACUAUGAGUGUGACCAACCACUUAACAGUACUAUGAGUACUUUGAGUGUGACCAACCACUUAUGAGUACUUUGAGUGUGACCAACCACUUAACAGUACUAUGAGUACUUUGAGUGUGACCAACCACUUAACAGUACUUUGAGUGUGACCAACCACUUAACAGUACUUUGAGUGUGACCAACCACUUAACAGUACUAUGAGUACUUUGAGUGUGACCAACCACUUAACAGUACUAUGAGCACUUUGCAAACAACUGUUUAACAGAGCAUUUUCCUUCUUUCUCUCAACUCUUAUCUUCUGCUAUAAGCUUCACAAAUAUGCUACUUUCUAUUACCUCUAGAUGGCGUGCUAGGAAUUAUUUGAGCCGUUAUCCCUUAUGUUGGGACAACAAGUUCCUCCUACAGACAUUAGGCAACAGCAUCAUAUUCUCCUUCAACUGUCCAACUACCACGAGUAAGGAAGUUAAAUCUAACAGAUGCCAUUUUGUUGAAAAUGUCUCUUUUGUUGCUUGGUAACAACAUUUCCUUUUUUCACAAACAAAAAUACAUACAAUUAUCAUAAA